AUGCCCGUCCCCCACGCAGAUCGUUCUGUUUCUGGUCGCAUAGCCGCCGCCGCCGCCCUUUCCGCCGUUCCGAUCGAGCGAUCCCGCCGCGGCACCGCUCCAGGCAAGCACCAGCAGUCGCCUACCUGGUGUCGCUCCUGCCACGAGGGUUCCGGCUCAACGCCAGGAACUGCUAACCGUCCGCUGCGGCGCGCCGAGCCCACCGAAGUCUUCCCUGCCCCGCCGCCCACUGCAGCGCCUCCCUUCCGUCAAGCAGCCGGCGAGGCGAGCACUCCGUCGACAGAGCUUGUUGUAAGAGAAAAAACCAUCAGUAUCAGCAUGAAAUUCGAGAUACACAACUCCUAGUACGGCGGCAUCCACAUCGCUCCCACGAUUACUGCUUUUGAAGUUUGUGUAUGAUAUAAAAAUUAAUGGAUGUG